ACUAAGCUCAGUUACGUAUUUAUGAUAUACAGUACGACAAACAAUUAGCACACGACGACAACUAAUAUAGGGUGUGAGGUGAACAUUUAAAGAUCCAUGGCUUUCCAAAUCCAGGAAACACGUCCAGUUCCAGUAGAACCUAGAAAAACAGACCCUCUAAUAAAAUACAUCAUAGAGAAGAAGCCAGAGAGGCUUCACAGUUUAAUCAGAGGCAGAGACAGAGAUAUUAAUGGACUGUACUUUUCUGAGGACUGGAAUGAUGACGUUACACUAUUAACAGCAGCAGUCAUAUGCAGAAAUGAAGAAAUCUGCUCUUUAUUGCUUAAAAACUCAGCUGAUCCAAACAAACAGUCAACAAAUGGAAAAAGUCCUCUACAUUAUGCAGCUUUUACAGCUGGAGUUCCUCUGAGUAUUGUGAAAAGAUUACUUGCAGCAAAAGCUAACCCAAAUGGACAUGAAUCACAAAAGUGCUCUCCAUUGCAGUUUGCUGCCGAACAAGACCGUGAAGACAUUGUGAAGGCACUUCUAGAAGCUGGAGCUUCGCCUGAAAGAAACUAUGGGUUAAAUCCAGAGAUUGAUAAAAAAGUGGAGAGAAUGAUUGACCGAUUCUCUUCACAGAGCGAAGAGUUUAGGAAAGUACAUCUGUUUUUCUCUCUUUUCUGUGCGAUUCGAGUGAAAAAGCAAACUGAGGUUUGCAGAAUAUAUCAGGAACAUUUCUUUGAGGAGCACCCGUUCAUUCAUAUAAUUUUGAUUGAGCACUACUCGUUUAACUUAGUUACUUGUGGCUUUGGCGCAAAUGCAGAGAAGUAUCGUCAGAGCGCCAUCGACUGGUUAAAAGACACAAAAAGCAAAGACAGAUACAUCGAGGGAGUCAUCAAGCGCUUCCCAAAACUCCCUAAGGACGAAAACUUGGCGAUUGUGCUGAACUGCUUAUGCUUUAAUUUAAUGGAUAUUGAAAGUGUUUCUCCUCAAGUUGUCAAUGAGCCUGUGCCAAUUCUAACAGACAGUCUUCAACACUUUGAAAACAACAACGUAGCAACGUGUCUUUUGAUACUUAGAAUGCUUUAUAACCUUAUAGAGAAGACAUCUGAGCAGAAACUGAGACUGAAUCACUCCGUCUAUGAGAAGUUAAGCAAAAGUGUAUUGCCUUUCACUCAAACUAAUGUUUUUUUUAUGGUUAGUGUUUGGGCUUAUGGACUGUUUGUCUAUGUUUAUGAGUUUGCUCCUGAACUUGUUGAAUUCACCUCAGUCCCGGAGAAUGUCAUUAAUGCUUCAUGGUUAGAGAUGGAUAAAUCCUUGAAAACAAAGCUGCAAAAGUUGGAUGAAUUGCUGAGACGUCGAGCAGAUUCAAGUGCAGUGGAGAGUUUAUGUGAGGAAACUGCGAAUCUAUCAACAUGCAGGAAGAAGAGGAGGAGGAAGAAAAAAAAUAUCCAGCAAGAAGUGGGAUUUCAAGAAGGCAAGCUGCCAUCGAAAGAGGAGACUCUGUUGAAACCCAUUGAAAAAUCCAACUUUAGUGCAAAACCAUUGAUACAGCCUGUUGAAAACCCAAAUAUCUCAAAAGGGUGGCUUCAGAAUAGCCAUCGAUGGAGGAGUAAACUCGAAAAGAUAGCUAAUAUGGGCAUUAAUGAUACUUAUAGGCUGGGAAGCCUUACGGUUGUACUUAGAGAUGAAUUUCUGAUUGCCAAUGGAAGUGAUGGGACUCAAGUUUUCCUUGGAUUGAGGGAUGACGGCACAGAGGUGGCUGUGAAACGAAUGGUUGGGUUUAUUUACAGAGUUCUCAAAAAUGAGAAGGAAUUUCUUCGACUUCCAGAGCUUGACAGUCCGUCCAUUGUGCGAUAUGUGGACUUUGCUGAAGAUGCUAAUUUUGGAUACCUUGUUCUUCAGCUUUGUGAGUACACACUGGAGGAGUAUAUCCAAGAUCAUCUACCACAGGACAAAGAUGAGAGAACUUUGGUUCUGAAGAAGCUGGUGAAGGAGGUUCUUUGCAGCUUACAGGUUUUACACGACCCACAAUUUGAAGUGCUCCAUUGCAACAUCAAACCCCAGAAUGUGCUGAUUGACAUCAGUGGGAAAGCUAGACUGGCAGAUUUUGGCAUACGUCAAAGACUGCGAACAAGUAUUGCUGGACCUAGAUGCUGGAGGGCAAAGGAGACCAUAGAUGAGGAGGUUAAUAUUGGGUAUAUGAAGAGCUCUGAUGUUCAGGUUGCUGGGAUGUUAGUGUACUACAUUCUCUCUAGAGGACACCAUCCAUUUGGGAAAGGGAUAUUUUGUGAAGUCAACAUUUUACAAGGAAGAUACUCACUGGAGCAUCUGGAUGAUGAUGUGGCGAAGGAUCUUGUUGAAUGGAUGAUCAAUGAAAAUCCAAACAACAGACCGACGGUGGAGCAGAGCCUUGCACACCCCUUCUUCUGGACUGACGAAAGGAGGGUCGAGUAUUUAAAAAUAAUUGGGAACCUGAAUGAGGCGGAGAACUGCCGUAAAGUGGACGAGGAGCUUCUUUAUGCUGUUGAAAAAUUCACUGAGGGAAAAAGCUUUUCUCAAUGGAAGACUAAAUUUCCGUCUGAACUGGUCCAGAAGCUGGAUGGUAAGAAGAAAGGCUAUCCUGAGAACACACUGGGCCUGCUGCGCUUUAUACGCAACCUACAUGAGCAUUAUCCAGAGGACGCAGAGAUCAUCAACCUGAUGGCUUUAUUCCCUGACCUCUUUGGGAGCGUGUUCAGGUUUGCAAAGGAUAAAGGAUGGCACUCCAGAGCGAGUCUGAAAAAGUUCUUCAGCUCCGUUCAACAGAUUUGAUCCUUGUUAUUUUUGGCUAGAGCAGGUACAUUGAUCCUGCACUAUGAGUGAGUUUAAAUGUAGGGUCGAUUUAGGAUCCUCAUCCUUGUCUGGGAUGAAAUUUAUUAUUCUCAGGAAAUAAAACCAUCAAAAAACAUUCACACAAUAUUUCUAAACACAAUAAUCUGUAUACUUUCAGUUGUUGCAUUAUUAUCAUGCGCAAAAUGUGUAAAUAUCUGCUACAGCUUCCUUAUAGAGGUAAUAAAUAUUCAUAUCAUCUGCCCAUAAAAGACUCUCAAAACCUCUUCAGCAUCAUUGUUAGUACUGAAACACUCUUCUGUGUUGUAAUACUUACCAUUGUUUGACUUGAAAAAAAUCACAUUGGUUGUUAUUCAUGUUCAACAUCUACAAUAAAUUCAACUGUAUGUAAUCCCUGCU